AUGAGUGUAACAGAAUUCGUCAAGAUAUUGGCGCAGUAUGUGUUGGAUAGGCAACUAAGGGCGGAUACGCAUGACAAGGAUACUGGGACGGGCAGUUUUAGCGCUACAGUAUGGAGUGACAUAGAACGCAUAUUCCAGGAGUUAGGUACGAACCUGAUGCAACCAGACGCCUUCAAUAAAGGAAUAUGCGACAGUAUUUACAGUGCGCAAGGCGGCAAACUGACGCCACAGAAAAUGAUAUGUAGGCAAAUUGUGAACAUUUUUCUUUUUAUGGACGGGAUACAUCGUAAUGGGGACGAAUGGAGCAGAGCAAAGGACAACGAACAAAAGUGGAAAUUUCAGAAGUAUAUAAGGUGUAUAAUGGGUAAUGUGGCCUUAGUAGAAUUAUUUUGGACAAAUUGCCAACAUAGGGAAAUAGUAGAAGCAGUUUCCACGCACAUGAAUACGUGGAGGGAAGGAACUAAAUAUACAGAUAAUAGUGCAUGGUGCAAGAACUUGGAUUAUGGGACCUUAAAACUAGGGACGAAGUUCGUGGCAGCAACUAUGGCAGGGUGGAUAAGAAAUUGGGCACGAAAACGGCCACAGGGAAAAAUAGUAGGGACCGGGGCAAAAACGGAAUGUAACACGGGAAGUGAGACCGACUUGGGGGCAGGAGCAAAAGGACAAUGGGAGCCAAUUGGGAGAAUGUUCGCAGAAGGGGAUGCCAAGGUGGUACACAAAUUAAUUGAAACAGGGAAGAGCAUGACAGAACAACAAAGGAAAAAAAUAAUAGAAAUCAUUAAGCACAGUAAGGAUCCGAAGAACAUUAUGGAGGACAUAUUAGACACCGUGAGCAAAUGCACUGCUCCGGGCAACGCAUGCGUACAAAGCGCAUUAGAGAGCGUCCACACAUCCGUCACACCAGUCCCGCCCAACCCAGCAGAUCAUGACCCAUCUGCAAUAUCAGCAUCGGCAGCGGAGGACUCGGUAGGGACACCACCAGGAUCCACAACAUCGGCACGAGGAUCGGGACCGCAAGCACCUGCAUCUCCAGUAUUACCAGCAAGACCACCACCACCUCCGCCUCCACCAGGCGGUGCGGCGUCAGGAUCAAAGGGAGAAAAAGGAGCAACAGGUAAGAGCACAGACACCAAGUGCAAUAGUAAAGUACACACUCAGGAGGAUAAGGGGUCCGUCGACGGUUCAUCCAUUACAAUCACCUUCAGCACCCCGGAUACCUCUCCCGGCUGUACAGGAACUCAAGCAGUGGACAACAACGAGACCACAGAUCAAAACCAAACAGCAGCACAAGUCCCAGCAACCACAACACCAGCAUCUAGUGGAUCAGGAGGUAAAGAUGGUGAAGCGGGUACUAGUCCAGCCCCUGGUGAAUCCGAUGAUAAGGUCGCUGAUGGCGCCAAUGAUGACCCCCCUCCGCUCAAUCCACCCAAACCAAAACCAACAACGCCAUCCCAGCAUCCCAAUCAGGCGGGCGCAACCAGCAGCGGCGCCGCCGGCAGUCCGACUGCUGCUGGUACUUCCCCGGAUGGUGGCUCUGGUGGUGCAGUUGGUGGUGGUACGGGUGGUAGUAGUGAUGGUGGUGGACGCGGUGGAGCAGGUGGUAGCGGCACUGCCCUUACCCCUGCCACCCCUUCCGUUCCGCCUGGCCUCACAUGGGCAGACAUCAAGCCGUACACCCCCGCGAUCAUUCCCGCGGUGGUUGGUAUUGGCAUCAUUGCCUUUUUCCUAUGGAAGGAUGAAUUAUGGGACAGUCAUGAAGGUAAGAAUUUUAUUUCAAAGCUAAGGGUAAAAUGGGCAAUGAAACAUGGACUAGCGCAAGACAGGAACACGACGCAGCUUGAUGUAAGUGUAGAUAUAGGCGGGGGAAUAUAG